AUGGGCUCCGUGCUGCCCGGCUCCGCGCUGGGCCUGAAGCCGGGCUUCAAGCCGCAGCAGCCGCUGUCCCUCGCGGACAUCAUCACGUCGGACAUCCUGCACAGCUUCCUGUACGGCCGCUGGAGGCACGUGCUGGGCGAGCACCUGCCGCACGAGGAGCGCGCCGCGCCGAGCGCGAGCCCCAAGACCGCCUUCACCGCGGAGGUGCUCGCGCAGUCCUUCUCCGGAGAGGUCCAGAAGUUGUCCAGUCUGGUUCUCCCCAGCGAGGUGAUCAUCGCUCAGAGCUCCGUUCCAGGAGAAGGUUUGGGUAUUUUCUCUAAAACGUGGAUCAAAGCAGGAACUGAGAUGGGACCGUUCACCGGGCGGCUGAUCGCCCCCGAACACAUCGACCUGUACAAGAACAACAACCUCAUGUGGGAGGUGUUCAACGAGGACGGGAGCGUGCGCUACUUCAUCGACGCCAGCCAGGAGGACCAGAGGAGCUGGAUGACGUACAUCAAGUGCGCUCGCAACGAGCAGGAGCAGAACCUGGAGGUGGUGCAGGUCGGGAGCAGCAUCUUCUACAAGGCCGUGGAGACCAUCCCUCCGGACCAGGAGCUGCUGGUCUGGUACGGGAACUCCCACAACACCUUCCUGGGGAUCCCUGGGAUCCCCGGAGGAGACGAGGAGCAGAGCAAGAAGACCAAGGCGGAUGAUUUCCACACCUGUGAAGGCUCCUCCUCCUCCUGCUCCUCCUCUCUGGGGCGCAUGCGCUGCGUCAUCUGCCACCGCGGCUUCAACUCGCGCAGCAACCUGCGCUCGCACAUGCGCAUUCACACGCUGGACAAGCCGUUCGUGUGCCGCUUCUGCAGCCGCCGCUUCAGCCAGUCGUCCACGCUGCGCAACCACGUGCGGCUGCACACGGGCGAGCGGCCCUACAAGUGUCACGUGUGCCAGUCGGCCUACUCGCAGCUGGCCGGGCUGCGCGCGCAUCAGAAGAGCGCCCGGCAUCGGCCCUCCGGAGCCGCCGCCGGGGCCGCGGUGCCGGGGCACGUCACUCACUCUCCUCCCCCUCUUCCUGCUGCUGCUCACCCCCCGCUGCUCACCUCCAUGACGCACCCCGUCUCCCUGGUGCACCACAUGCCCACCAUGGUGCUGUGA